CGAUGUGGACGCGAGAUUCAUUCGGGGUUUGUAAACCAACGAGCUGCAAGAAUCCAACAUGGCAGGAUGGGAACGCAAACAAACAGACGUGGAAAAAGGAAUUGUGAUCCCAGAUGACUGGCCUGGAUACCCGCUGGACCUGUUUACAUUUCCUGAGCAUUACUCCGAGGAUCUGGACUGUGUCUACAUUCCACACGGUGUUAUCAUGGACAGGAUAGAGAGGUUGGCAAGAAAUAUCAUGGAUGAUCUUGGGGACCAUGACAUUGUUGUCCUGUGCGUGCUAAAGGGAGGAUAUCAGUUCUGUGCUGACCUGGUGGACUGCAUUAAAGUCCUGUGUUGCAACUCCAACAAGACCCUUCCCAUGAGGGUGGACUUCAUACGACUCAAGAGCUACCUGAACGAUCAGUCAACCGAAGAUCUCCACAUAGAAGGGGCAGAGAACCUGUCUGCGCUCAGUGGAAAGAAUGUCCUGAUAGUGGAGGCCAUUGUGGACACUGGGAAGACCAUGAAGGCUCUUCUGGAUCACGUUGAAGCCUUCAAGCCUAAGAUGAUAAAAGUAGCUGGAUUGCUGGUGAAAAGAGUGGCCAGUAAGACAGGAUAUCUGCCAGACUAUGUGGGAUUUGAGAUCUCCAAUCGUUUUGUGGUCGGCUAUGCCUUGGAUUACAAUGAAUACUUCAGAGACCUCAAUCACAUCUGUGUGAUUAGUGACAGUGGGAAACAGAAAUACAAGAUCUAAAGAAGAAAGUCCCAGCACUGGAACAUGAGCAUCUGAAUGUCAACUCAGGAAGAUAAAAGGUGUCCAUGGAUCUAAAAGGAUGUGUUAUUAAGCACUUCCUAGCCUACAAAGAUCUCCUAUUUUUCCAGUGUUAGAUAUGAACAGGUUUUACUGGAUAAGGUUUUAAUUGUGAACUGAGAUAAAGCUUACUGAAUACUGCACCCUAUAGCCUAUUCACACAUUUUAAACAUACUACUGCAGAAAUAACAUACUAUUCCUACUAAUAUGUAUGUUAUUUAGUCAUUAAAAGAAGGUAUAGAAGGAGAUGAGGGUGAGCAAAUGAUGACAGAAGGAAAUUUUUAUGAGAACUUUGGGUGUUUUCAAUUCACUAAAGGAACUUGUUUACCAUUAAGUUAAUUUAAAAUAUGUUAGGCAAGACACUAACUAUUCACAAAGUUUGUUUUUCAGAACCUAUAAAAUGUGAACUACAGAAAUAAACCGAAUUUUAAGGAAUUGUUGCAUGUGUACAUUAAAGUUUACAUUUGUGAGAUGUUUUUAUACAUUUGAUAACCUCUUGUAACAACAUUAAAAUUUUGUGCAUUUGUUAUAUUCGUGUACUUCUUUUUUUUUUUACAGUUAUAUUGUCAAAUAGCACAGAUGAAAGCAUGUCUGUUGGGUUAUGGAUCAUUUGCUGUGGUAUUGUUAUGGAGAUCAGCAGUCAUACUUGAGCGAAACAACUCAAACAUGCCACACACAAAGGGAUGAAGUGGAACAGAGUUUGCUUGGGUGUGUGUUAUGUAACCGUGUCUGUUGCUCAUUGUUUCCUUUGGCCAGCCUCUUUUGCUCAUCUGACUGCUGACUGUGAUCAGUGCUGGUGAAUUAUGUGCUGUGUUUGUGUCAGAUACAGAUUCUAGAUAUUUACCUGCUAUGAAAGCACCUUAAAAGGCUUCUGUUUUGCCCCUUUUAUCAAAGAUGUUUUUAUAUCUCAUAUCGCCAUAAUAUGUCUGAAAGUUUAGCUCAAAAUUACUAUUAGGUCAUUUAUUAUAUCCUGCUAAAAAAAAUUAUUAUUUUUUUUUUUUGAUCGGAAGGAAUUGUAGCUGUUUUGCGCCUGUGCCUUUAAAUGCAAAUGAGCUGGUUCUCCCCGCCCACUGUACUGACAUAUCUGCUUUUCCUGUGUCAAACAAGAUAAUCACAGAAACAGGCAACCAAUGUUGCCAAGAAUUGGUCUACUUUUGAUCUAUGUUUUGUUUUUUCAUCCUGCGGAUUAAAGUUUUGAUAUAUCCAAA